AUGUUAGCACGAUCAAAAGGGGAACUGCAUAUCAAGGACAUGAAAACUGAUCAAGUGUUUAAAUUGUGCAACGUUACUACCAGAUCUUUUGGGCUUUGUUGUUUUGAAGAAGUCGGACUUUUUUAUAUUAAAAGUAAGCAUAUUACUUAAUAUUUAGUAUUUUUAUUGACAGUUUUUUUUAUACAUUAUCAUUAUUAGAUGAAGCAAACGGGCGAUACGGCUACAACAGAAUUGAAUUUUACGAUGUAUAUACACAACAAAAAGUAUACGAACGCGUGUACAAUCAAAACAAAGAUUGUUGGUCUCCUUUCUCAAAUUAUGCUAUAUUAAACUGGAAUACUGGCGAAGUAAGUUUAAAGUAAAAUGUUUUUACUGUGUUUACAAACAGUAGAAUUUUUUUAUAUAACAUACAAUAAUAAAUAAAAACGAGUAAGUUUUAUUAAAACAACACAAUAAAGUUUUUAUUUAGCAUGUCAUUUACAAUCGUAAAAAAAAGAACUUUUAUUCGCGCUUCAUUAGUUGUCAGGAUCCAACAUCACACCUACGUAAUCCUCCAGAUAAAGCAUGUCUUUUCACAUCUUCAAAGAGAAUAGACGGCCGUCGAUGUUUUGAGCGUUGUGGACGCCACCGCAACAGUUUUUUUUUCGAUUACACUCAAGGUAAGACUAAAGUUUACAUAUAUCUUACUUUAUGACAUAUUAUAUACCACGAAAGGUUUUGAAAGUUGCAGGUUGGUCACUUUCCUUUUUGGUUAGUGAUUAUAGCCUUUCAAAAUAUGAAGAUCUCAUCCCAAAGUCAACGUACGAUUUGUGUGACUUACUAUGUUUAAAAAAGGUGUUUUAAAUUUAAAACGUUUUUAGCUAAGCUUUGUUCGCCAAAAUUGUAUAGAUGGAACGCCGUUUGUUGA